AUGAAAAUAGAGUUGAAAGAAAUUGCAAAUUUAACUUUUAAAUACAAUGCACCAGAUACGACGCAGCAACAAGAGAAUAUAUUCAAGAAACAUUCAUCAUUACGUUUAAAGACAAUUUCAGUGUUGGUUGUCAUGUUCAUAUUGUUGGUGUGCUUUUGUUUGGCAAUUUUAUUGACCUCAUUCUUUUUGAUAUUUCAUAAUGUUGAACGUGUGGAAUCGACUCAAUCUUCUAGGAGAGUUUCAAGAGCAUUGUUUGAUGAUUUAAAGCUAUUGUCAGAUCGUACGUUUGAAUAUGGAUCGUUUGAUUCGACAACUGAGUUGGUAAAUGGAGCUUCACAAGAGACAAUUGACCAAUACAUGUCAGAUUAUAUGAAUUGUGAUUAUUUGAAUAGAGUUAACGUAAAUAUGGCCUUAUUUUACUAUUUAAAUGGAACAAUGCUAAGAGGAAUUCAUUGUUUUAAAGGUGUAUCAAUUGAAGGAUUACCAUCUGAGUUGACUAAUCUAGAUCAAGAAACUGUUGAUGGUCAAUCGAAUGAAUAUAGGAAAUUCUUUAUCAAUAAUUUGGAAAAUCCAUCGACUAGACACAUUGGAUUAAUGAUACCAAGUAAGAAACUUUCAGAAUUGGCAACAAGUGAAACAUCACAACAAGCAGUUUCCAACUAUUCCUCAAUUUUAUCAAACGUACUUCUUGUGAAUGCAAUGCCAAUUCAAGGAUAUGACUCACUGGAAUCAUUUGGUAUGCUCACCUUUGCCAAGUAUAAUACCUAUGAUUAUCUGCUCGACAUCUCAGAGAGGACUCAAUUUUGUGUUACGACCUAUGACCUGAAAAGUGAAUAUGAGACAAGUGCUUUCAAGUUGUCAACAUCUAAUGCAAUCUCAGAUUCUCUUGAUGCUAUCACUAGUGAAUGGAUACCAACCAAUAUUUCGAGUACAAAUGUUUACUCUGAUUGGACAAAUGAUGCUGCAUCUCUUGUGAAGGUUAUUGAUAUUGGAAAAUCUUCCAGUAACUCGGAUUAUAUUCUCCAUGGAAGACAAUGCUCCAAGACCAUUACUAACAAGUUCUCUUCCUUCUCAGCUGGUUCUCAAAAUGAAAGAAUGGCUGCCUAUCAAAUGUACAAUGACAUUACAGGUGGAAAGACAGUAGUGUUUAGAACUGAUAUUCAAAGAAGUUCAUUCCAAGUUGGUAUGGCUUCCUUCCUUGUCGUGUGGUUUGUCAUGACAUUCUUCGUAUUGGUAUUGUCAGCUGGCGUUGUCAUCUUUAUUGAAUCAUCAGUAUUGAGAAGAAUUUUAAAAUUAUCCAAAUCUGUUAGAGAUUUCUAUGAGAGUGGAAAUGAUUUUAACAAGACAAUUCCUCAAUUGGGUCACGACGAAAUUGGUACUCUCUCAUCAAAGAUUAAUCAAAUGUUGGCCAGUUUGAAAAAGAAUCAAGAAAAGCUAGUUAGUGACAUGGAUACAAUGCAAGAAAUGCUUGAAAGAACUUCAAUUCAAGAACAAUCCAAUCGUUGCAUCAUGAAUAGUAUUAAUGAGUUUAUUGCCAUUGUUGAAAAGAGUACUGGAUUGAUUGUCAAUACUAAUAGUUAUUUUGAUAAUAAGCUUGUGGACAGUAAUGAAAAUCAGCAACAAGUCAACUAUCUCCAUGAUACCAUUGACAAAUUCUUUAAGGAAACACCUCUCGAUGAGUUGCUACAGAAAUUUGCUGAAAUUAGCGAUAAUGGUAUAUGGAAAACAAACAUCUUCUCCAUAACAUCCAAACAAUUACCAGUCCAAUUGAAAGUUUACAAUGUCAGAUUGCUAAUUAAAGAAGGCCAAGUUAGUGAUGCCUUUGUAAUUGUUGCCAUCAAUUUGAGUGAAGAAAAUGAACUUCAACAAUCACUCCAAGAUCAAGAAACCAAAUUAGAAGAAAUGAAGAAAAUUCUCGAUUUUAAUAGAAUUAUCAGUGAUGACUAUCUCAAAUCAAGAUUCUUACAAUUGUGCCCAAUUCCUAAUGCCUCUAAAUACAUGGCAAUGAUUGAAAAAUUGGAAACUUACAAGCUCACAAACAAACCUCAACAAAGAGCCAAACUUCACAAAAAGAUUGUAGAGAGCUACCUAAUUGACCAAAACAAUAUUUCCAAUCUUUCUGAUUUCCCUCGCUCCUCCAUUCAAACAUUUAACACUGAGGCCAAGAAGGCAAUUUCCUCCCUCGCUCACUUUGAUGUAUUUGAAAAGAUUGAAGUCAUUGUCAAGUUAAUUCUCAUCAAUUUGGCCUACACAUCAUUCAUGGAAAAUAUCAAAACUAUUCUUUCAGAGAAACCAUCAAGCAGAGAAUCCACAAUGAGCUCAACUUCCAGUUCUUUUUCUCUUGGAUUUGAAAUUGCUCAACCAGGAACAAGCUCAUCAACUGAUGAUGAACAGUCAGUGAAAUCAGGUUCUGCACAGGAUGGUAAUAUGUAUUGGAUGUAA